CAUGGGCACUGGCACGGCCCCGGGCAUCCGCACGGGCAUGGCCCCGAGCACGGGCACGGCCACGGCCACGGCCCCGGACCGCAUCGGCGACCCCCGCGACGUGGAUGUCCUCAGCCUGCUCCGCCUGAGGGACCAAAUGAAGGAACAGCUCGAGGAGUACAACAGCGCCGUUCUUGCCAAUCAAGAAACUUUUAUUGAUCAAUUGAAGAUUAAUGCUAUUGAAGAAAAUUUUGUCACGAGUGCCAUGAAAGAUUUGCAAAGAAGUAUAGAGGAAGUAAAAGUCUCCUUCCAGAAUAAGAACUUGGCCUUGCAAAGGGUCCAAAUUAUGGAUGCCCUGAGAAACAAAUUGGAACAAGAUGAUGAGGACUCACGUCUGAUCCUCGAAACCAUGAAACAGAUAGGAUUGCUCAGCCGGACAAUAAUUGAGUAUCAGCAGCAAGCAGAUCAGAAGGAACAGCAGAUGACUGACAUGAGAAGGAAAAGGCUCUCUCUAAAAGCAGAUGAAAGACAGAAAUUACAGCAAAUUCAGACCGUGAUGAAAAGGCAAAAGAAGAAACAAGCAAGUGUGAAUGUCACUGGAAGAGCGAACAGGCUUAAAAAAUUAGAACGAGAAAGACAGAUGACUUCAAUAAUUCAAAAUGUGUUCCAGAACAUCAUAAUUGGAAGCAGAGUUAACUGGGCAAAAGAUCCAUCUUUAAAGGCAAUUGUUCUACGGCUUGAAAAAAGUUCCUAUCUUCAGUAAGCCAGGAGAUGGAUAUGUUUAUUUUAUUCAGUGUGUGCAUUUUAAUUAAACUUGAUAGGUUAUAUGUAUCUCAAAAACACACUUCAAGAAUUUUAACAUUUGACCCUUCUGAAAAGUGUCAUUCCCUCUAGAGAAUUAGAAUGUGUCCAAGCAAUUCUUUUAAAUUAAAUUUAUCUUCUGGUAGACAACAAACCUUUGAAUGGCUAGUAGAACUGAUGAAGUGAAACUACCUGAAGACUCACUUCUCAAGCUGUCCAGUCUCAAGUGCCUCUGAAAGGCAGCAAUAACACAAGAAAGGUUUCAUCAAGAAGUGGACUUAAACUGAGGCUUUGCUGUAUGCCUCUCCCAAGAACCAACAGGCCGUGGAGCUCAAGCAAGAUGCAUGACCUUCCUCUGUUCCUCUCAAAAGCUCACUCUGGAAAAUUUAUUAGCAAGUCUUCAAUUGAGGUUAUUUUUGUUUUUAAUUGAGAUUGUGUUUGUUUUUAAUUAUGUACGAUUUUAUGACUUUUUACAUGCAUUAUGUGUAAACACCAGAAAUUUUCUGCUUGUCACCAGUGGCUUUUGUUUGCAAAGGUGACUGCAUACUGUUGACCGUGCAGCUAGGCAAUGUCUAAUUACAUGUCUUCACUAGCAUUUGCACCUUUUUCCUUGUUGUUGUUCAUUUGAAAGAAAUGUUUUGAAGAUGUUUUAAAGAAAUUGACUAUUGCAUCAUAGGACAUUUUGGGAGCGUAUAGUGUCCCUUGUCUCGGUGUGUGACUUUUAACUUGGUGAGUGAUCAUUAGCUAUUUUUUUUUAACCUUGUGCCUUGAAUAAAUAAUAAAAGUCCUGCUUUU